AUGGAUGAUGGAGGGUCUACAACAAACCUAUUAAGUCCAAACAAAGGAAUGGGGGUUGAAACAGGUGUUGGGAUUGAUAAUCCGUCAUCACAAUCAGUACAUGGUAUGGAUCACACAACCACUCCAAAUGAAGAAACAACUAGUCAAAUCCCUAAUGAAAAUGAAAGUGUGAGAGAAAAAAAUAACGAAACCGAUGAAGAUGAAGUACAAUUAACGAGAAAACGGAAAAAAACAUCAAAAGUAUGGGACGACUUUGUUGUAGUUACACUCCGGGAUGGUAAGAAAAAAGCCAAAUGCAAACAUUGUAAGUCAAGGUUGGCUAUUAUUGGUUCAGGUCCUACAUCAUCAUAUAAAAGACACCUAAACAGCUGCAUCCCCCAUAAACAAUCGCUAAAAAACCAACAAAUACUAAAUUUUCAGCCUAGUGGGUGUGAUGUGGAUUUUGUGCCACCAUUGAUCGGAUCGGAUACAAAAUAUGAUGAAAACAAGAUGAGGGAGGCCAUAGCUAAUUGGAUACUAAGUACUGAGCAACCGUUUGCUACUGUGGAAGAUGUAAUGUUUGUGAAAAUGAUGAAGACAGCUACUCCAUUAUUUGAGAAAGUAAGCAGAGUUACAAUUACGUCAGACUGUUUUAAGGUAUACGAGCAUGAGAAGAAAAGGUUGAAAGCCCUUACAAAAGCUGCCUCUAAAAUCAGUUUAACAACUGAUUGUUGGAAGUCCUCGCAUCAGAAAAUUGAGUAUAUGGUUAUUACUGCACAUUUUGUAGAUCAUAAUUGGAGAUUACAGAAACGUGUAUUAAGUGUUGUACAUGUUCCUCCUCCUCGUACUGCGGUUGAUAUUGCUGAUGGUAUUUACAAGUGUUUGCAAGAGUGGGAAAUUAAAGAUAAGAUUUUCACCAUCUCAGUUGACAACGCAGCUUAUAAUGACAAAGCUUUAAGAAGAUUGAAAGAAAUUUUUUCGCGUGUAAGAAAACUUUCAUGUGGUGGUAGAUUGUUUCAUAUACGAUGUUGCGCACACAUAUUGAAUCUUCUAGUGAAAGAUGGUCUUGCAAUAAUUGAUCAUAUCAUCGGUGAUGUUCGUGAGGGUAUAAAGUAUAUUGACAAUUCGGAGGGUAGACGUCUAAAUUUUUCAAAGGCUGCACAUCAAAUGCAAAUACGUGAUCGGAAGUUAAUGCUUGAUGUUCCAACACGAUGGAAUUCAACCUAUGAUAUGUUGUGCAUGGCUUUAAAGUUCAAAGAUGCUUUCCCAAGGUAUGCAGAGUAUGAACCACAUUUUCAUCACUUGCCAACUGACGAAGAUUGGGAAAAUGUUCAAAGCGUAUGUGAAAUUUUGAAGGUUUUUAAGCAAACUCUUGAUAAAGGUUCAUUAUCUACAAACGAUUUUAUUCGUGAUAUGGUGAAGAAAAUGAAGGAAAAGUUUGACAAGUAUUGGGGUGAGUGUCACCUUGUAAUGGCAAUAGCUUUUGUGUUAGAUCCACGGUUCAAGAUGAAGUUGGUUGAAUUUUGCUUUCCAACACUUUAUCAAAAUUCAGACGAGAACAUUAAAGAAGUGAAGAAUGCACUUUAUGAAAUGUAUUCGGAGUAUUUAGAGAUGCAUGACACAUUAGUUAGGGAAUCUGCAACACAUGGAAGCGAACAUGAAAGAAAUGUUUUAGGGUUGAAUGAAGGUACAUCACUUGGAUCUGGAUGGGAGGCAUUUGGAGAGUUCAUAAAGACUGCAGAUUUGGAGAGACCAGAAAAGUCAGAGCUUGAUAUGUAUUUAGAAGAAGGUGUUUAUAGGGAGAAAGGACAAACAGGAAUGGAAUCAUUUAAUGCUUUAGAGUGGUGGAAUGUGCACAAGUUAAAGUACCGUGUUUUAUCAUUGAUGGCUAGAGAUGUACUUGCAAUCCCAAUUUCUACGGUUGCAUCUGAAGCAACUUUUAGUGCCGGUGGUAGAGUUAUUGAUCCAUAUCGAGCUUCAUUGGGGUCCGACACGGUACAAAUGUUGAUUUGCGGAGGAGAUUGGAUUAGGCAAGUUCAUGGAGUCAAGAAAAAAUUAAAGAAGGAGGAGUUUCCUAUUAAGGUUUUACUGCCUGAGGUGAACACAAAGUUUUGUAUAUCUGAGGAGUGA